UCUCUAUCGAGAAAUGGAACAUUGGAAAAGCCUUAUCAUAUAAAGGGUGUGUGUGAAGAGAGAGGAACUGAAGAACAGAAGAAGGAUCUUCGGUAUCUGAACCAGUACGCAUAAAAAUCUGCAUCUGGGAACCUCAGACACACACAGGAGCAGCAGAAGAAGAAGAAAAUGGGAACAGACGUGGUUGUCGGAGGAGCUUCUUCAGAUUCACAUCACCACCACCGUGACUCUGACAUAGAACUCAUUGCUGAAAGAGCACCUUUACCUCACAGUGGACCACUGAACAAAAGAAGAAGUUCCAAAUUAAACAACACUUCUUCUGCUUCCACCUCCGCCACAGAGGAACAAGAUGAAGGAGACUACGUUGAGGUCACUAUGGACAUCCAAGGUGACUCUGUGGCACUUCACAGUGUCAAAACUGUUAACAACGAUCAAAGCGAAGAUGAGAAACUGAUUCUGCUUGGCAAAGGCAUGGAGAAGAAAAGGUCCUUUGGUGCCUCCGUUGUGAGAAGUGCUUCCAUUCGUAUACAACAAGUGUCUCAGGAGCUGAAGCGUUUUGCUUCCUUGUCGAAGCAAACUGCAUCUUCCAGAUUGCACUAUGACAGGAACAAAUCCGCGGCUUCUCAUGCUCUCAAGGGACUCAAGUUUAUCAGCAAGACUGAUGCUGGUGCAGGGUGGGUUGAGGUUGAAAGGCAGUUUGAUGCUCUCACUGCUUCCACUAAUGGAUACCUGCAUCGCUCUCUCUUUGCCAAGUGCAUAGGGAUGAACAAGGAGUCAGAAGCCUUUGCAGGGGAGCUUUUUGAUGCGCUUUCUAGGAGGAGGGAAAUUCAGGGGGAUUCCAUUAACAAGGCCCAGCUGAAGGACUUCUGGGACCAGAUUUCUGACCAGAAUUUCGAUUCUAGGCUCAGAACAUUCUUUGACAUGGUUGAUAAAGAUGCGGAUGGAAGAAUCACUGAGGAAGAAAUUAAAGAGAUUAUCUGCCUUAGCGCCACUACCAACAAACUUGCAAACAUACAGAAGCAGGCAGAGGAAUAUGCGGCUUUGAUCAUGGAAGAACUAGACCCUGAAGACACAGGAUUUAUCAUGGUAAACGAUCUAGAGAUGCUCUUGUUACAUGGACCAACCCAUUCUACUAGAGGAGAUAGCAAGUACCUGAGCCAAAUGCUAAGCUUAAAGCUUAAGCCUGUAGAUGAAGACAAUCCUAUUAGGAGGUGGUACACAAACACCAAGUACUUCCUGCAGGACAAUUGGCAAAGAACUUGGGUAUUGCUGCUGUGGAUUGGCGUCAUGUUAGGUCUAUUUGCCUACAAAUUUGUGCAGUAUAGGAGAGAAGAUGCAUAUGAGGUGAUGGGCCAUUGUGUAUGCAUGGCCAAAGGUGCAGCUGAGACACUUAAAUUGAACAUGGCUAUUAUCUUGCUACCGGUUUGCAGAAACACCAUCACUUGGCUAAGGAACAAGACCAAGCUUGGCAUUAUGGUUCCUUUUGAUGACAACCUCAACUUCCACAAGUGUAUAGCUGUGGCAGUAACAAUUGGAGUUGGUAUACAUGCCAUCUACCAUCUUGCUUGUGACUUUCCUCGCCUUCUUGAUGCAAGUAGCGAAAAGUACAAGCUCAUGGAACCUUUUUUCGGAGAUCAACCAUCAAGUUAUUGGUUUUUUGUCAAAUCAUGGGAAGGAGUAACAGGGAUUAUCAUGGUUGUGCUAAUGGCAAUAGCCUUCACUUUAGCCACCCCUUGGUUCAGGAGAGGCAGGGUCAAGCUACCCAAACCCCUCAACAAUCUCACCGGCUUCAAUGCCUUCUGGUACUCACAUCAUCUCUUUGUCAUUGUCUAUGCACUGCUCAUUGUGCAUGGAAUCAAACUUUACUUGACCAAGGAAUGGUACAAGAAAACGACCUGGAUGUAUUUGGCUAUUCCCAUUAUCAUUUACUUAUCAGAAAGAUUGACUAGAGCACUCAGAUCAAGCAUCAAGCCUGUGAGAAUAUUAAAGGUGGCUGUUUAUCCUGGAAAUGUGUUGUCUCUUCAUAUGUCAAAGCCCCAGGGAUUUAGAUACAAGAGUGGACAAUACAUGUUUCUCAAUUGUGCUGCUGUGUCUCCAUUUGAAUGGCAUCCAUUUUCUAUAACCUCCGCCCCUGGUGAUGAUUACCUUAGCGUUCAUAUCAGAACACUUGGUGAUUGGACCCGGAGUCUCAAAGUCAAGUUCUCAGAGUGUUGCCAGCCACCGGACAACGGCAAGAGUGGACUUCUAAGAGCUGAAUACUUGCAAGGAGAUAGAAGUCCGAGUGCUCUCCCUAAAGUUCUAAUUGACGGUCCGUACGGAGCACCAGCCCAAGACUACAAGCAAUAUGAGGUGGUUUUGCUAGUGGGGCUAGGAAUUGGAGCCACCCCAAUGAUUAGUAUACUUAAGGACAUAGUGAAUAACAUGAAAGCCAUGGAAGAGGAAGAGGAGACCAACAUAGAGGAAGGAACAAAUAGUGGGUUUGGUAAUAAAUCACCAAGAGGGUCGUCCCCACACAAGAAAAAUAGCUCGAGCAACUUCAACACUAGGAGGGCCUACUUCUAUUGGGUGACAAGGGAGCAAGGGUCCUUUGAUUGGUUCAAAGGGGUGAUGAAUGAGGUGGCUGAAGAGGAUCAUAAGGGGGUGAUUGAGCUCCACAACUAUUGCACUAGUGUCUAUGAAGAGGGUGAUGCUCGCUCAGCUCUUAUUGCUAUGUUGCAAUCUCUAAACCAUGCCAAGAAUGGCGUGGACAUUGUCUCUGGCACGCGUGUAAAGUCCCACUUUGCUAAACCUAAUUGGCGCGCUGUCUACAAGCGCAUUGCGGUUAGUCAUCCACGAGCUCGUGUUGGGGUAUUUUACUGUGGGCCACCAGCGCUAACCAAAGAGCUUGGUCAGUUAGCUUCGGAUUUCUCUCACAACACAAACACGAAAUAUGAUUUCCACAAGGAAAAUUUCUAAUAAGAUGGAGAUUGUUGAGGGCAAGAUGGUCUUCCAGCUUUAUAUCACACCAUGAAGAUUAUUACACCAUAUCCUUGUUGAUAAUAAUUAACCCAUGUGUUUCAAUGUAGGAAUAAUAAUUACGGAUUUGUAUAAUUGCGAAAGCUUUGCUUUAAGGUUAAAAUGGUUGUUUGUGGGCUACCAGAUACCAAAGGUGUGAUUGGAUGGCAACGGCAUCAGUUCCAAAAGUGAAUCACGAGAUGAUAUGCAAUGCGAGUAGAAGAAGAUUACAUACUUAAACAUUUCGUGGAGGGGAAUAAUUUUUCCAACCGGAAAUAGGUGGCAGCACUUACAUUACAUGAACCUCAUAAGAAUUAGUCCAGGUGCAUCAUGGACUCUACAAGGUUGAUUGUGUUUAAAUAUUAAGCGAUCGAUGUUAUGGAAAUGAAGACCUAUAACCAUUGUAGCAAGUAACAUUUUGCAUUGUAAAAAAAUUACCACCUUGGCCUUCAAGAAGAUAUUAAAUAUAUAUAUAUAUGCAAUGAAUAAUCAACCGUGC